CCUGACUGUGGAAAGGGGUUGAACCAGGAGUGGAACAUGGCGAGAAUGGUCAACGAAAACGGGUGUGGACAAGAGUUACAGAGCACAGAGCCAAAUGGACCGGGUCGCGGUACAGCGCGGUGGGGUCCCCAACACGCAGGUGCUCUGGAACUUGCGAAUUUAUAUUCGCCAGGUGAGGCAACAGCUAUCUCUUUUGUCAACGCCACUCAGAAAUGUCGUAGCCUACUAACGUUACAUUUAUACAACGCUUACGCUUAUAUAUCGAUCAGCCAAUUAAGCUUCAGGAUUUUACUAAUUAGGAUCACUGGAAAGAAGUUAGGCUUUUUAAUAUGAGGCUUUUCUGUUACAUUUCCGGAAAACAGAAAUGACAUUACAACUGUAACUAUGCUCCACACGCAGACUGGGAGGGGCUUACUUGACCUUUAAAAACAAUUUGCCCUAAUUGCUAAGUGUAUGGUGUCAGGAACGGACCAAAGCUCAGUCAUAAUAAAUGAGUGGUGCACACUUCAGAGUCUAACUACACAAAUUAUUUAAAAAAUAUUCAUGAAAGCUAGCCUAAUGUAUGAGGACAGAUUGCUGUACAAAUUGAGCAUUUACUUCUUUGAGUCAGUUGAACUCUAAACUCAACCUAUUUGCAUGUUACUUUUUGUACUUGAUGCUUUUGAAAGGUUUUUUCUUUUCUGCUCGACUCCCAUUGAAAGACACUGAAUGCAUAGGUGCUGCUGUGUCCUGGCUCUAACAUUCCACAUAUGAAUUCCACAUGUAGGCCAUCAUUGUAAAUAAGAAUUUGUUCUUAACUGACUUGCCUAGUUAAAUAAAGGUUAAAUAAAAAAUAAAGACCAGAAUGCUCCUGUGUCAGCCCUAAUAACACUACAGCUGGUCACACUGGUCAGGCUCCUCAUUAGCUCCCGUCCAGAGCAUUUAUGUGCGGCUGUGCCUCCAUUGAGGCUGAGAUGCACGUAAACGCCCUGGAACAGAGCUAGCUCUUUACUGACACUGUGACACAGCAUUGCCCUGGUGUAAGGAGACUAACUUACUUUACAGGGUAUUGCCUGGGGUGUUGAGCCAUAAAGCUGCUUGGCCUUAAACUGUCUUUGAGCUGUAAGAAUCUGAUCAGUAUUUCUGGCCCAGCUGCUUUUCAUUGAAAUGAGUAGCUACAACCACAAAGCAUGUAGCGUAAGAAAACCAUCUAAGGUUAUCAGUUAAGUGAAUGCACUUCCAGUAACUCGCAGCUACAGGGUACAAAAAGUUAAGUCAUGAAAGAAAGAUACCGUUGGGUCAAAACGUUGCACAAUAAAACUGCAGGAGCAUUCAUUGAGAAAGGUUAUAUCAUUGGGCAUAAUAUUGUCUAACUACGUUGAAGAUGCACCCCUAUCCCUUUUCUAUAGUUAUACAAUUAUUUUUAUAAUGGGAUGUUAAUUUUGUCUUUGUUUGUCUCCACAGGAAAAAGAUGUCAGGAAUGGAUAAGUGUUGUCCUCUGCUUCUCUCUCAUGGCCUUCAACUUUUGUCACCUCCUUGUUAACUUCCACCUGGGUCAUAUGUGGUAUAUCCUUUUGGGCAUUGGUAAGCACUGCUGUUGCACCGGUCAUUAGAAUAAGCCUACAUCCCAUGUUAUGUUUCUCAUUGAUUGACACGAUUGUUUGCUUACAUGUCCCCUCUAUCUCUCCCCGCUCUCUCUCUCAGUGGCAGGAAUAUUGACUGCAGACUUUGCCUCUGGUCUAGUCCAUUGGGGGGCUGACACCUGGGGAUCUGUGGAGCUACCCAUCUUUGGAAAGGUAGGAGAUGCAUUUGCUAAUGUGACUGGAUUUGAAAAGGUACUGUCCCCAAAAUGUACGUUGUCUAAUUAUCUAAUUGUUGUCUUGACUCCUGUUAUUUUGAACUCACCUUCUGAUAUCUUGCCCCAGGCCUUUAUCCGACCGUUCAGGGAGCAUCACAUCGACCCUACAGCCAUCACCCGCCAUGACUUCAUUGAGACGAAUGGUGACAACUGCAUGCUGACCCUGAUCCCAUUAGCACACAUGUCUUUCAACUUCCUUACCCUCUCGCCUGGUGAGCUACUGCCAAACAAGGCACAAUUAUCAUUCAACUGAGCCAAUGCUCUGGCAUCUGAAAACAUCAUUUUCUAGAGCCCUGAAAUGAAAUCUAAGUUCAACCAAGAUCGUCUUCUCUGUUUAUCUGUCUCUCCACCCACAUGUAGCGGAGCACUAUCACAACUACCCCUGGCACUGCUAUGUGAUGGCACUGGCCAUUUUCGUCACCCUAACCAACCAGAUCCAUAAGUGGUCGCACACAUACUUCGGGCUGCCAGGCUGGGUGGUCUUUCUACAGAACUGCCACAUCAUCCUGCCCCGCAAGCACCAUCGCAUCCAUCACGUGUCCCCACACGAGACAUACUUCUGCAUCACCACAGGUCAGUGCUUGUGGGUAUGGGCUUUGUGUGUAUCACAAUAUGUCUGUCAGGAUAUAAGUAAGAGGAAAAUAUCAUUGAAACUAUCGGCAGCCAACCAUCUUUUCCCCUUUGGCUGCGUUUACACAGCCCGAUUCUGAUAUUUUUCCCCACUAAUUGGGUCUUUUGACAAAUCACAUCAGAUCUUUUCACAUCAGAUAUUUUUCCGAGCUGAUCUGAUUGUAAAAAAUAUCAGAAUUGGGCUGCCUGUCUAUGCAACUGGGAAAUUAAAUGGCACACCCAGAAUGCCUUACAAUCUGGAGGACAGCCUUACACAUCGCCCCAAUCGUCCAAAUGUGUUAUCUGUGCCCUUGGCGAUAUCAUGGAUAGUAAUAGUUUGAGGACAUUCAAAGAUCUGAAAGAAGCAUUUAUAUUACCAGGUAACUCAAAUCAAGUUUGAGUUGAUUGAUACUUGCUCACAGAUUAAACUGAAGAAAUCAUCAUAAAAUUGGGGGGAAUGUAAGGGGAGACUCGGGAUGGGGGGGGGGGGGGGGGGGGGGGGCUAGAUGAACAUGCUGGAGCAAAAAUGGUUUCCGGGGGGAGGGUGGAUGCGGGCGGGUGGAUGUGGGUUGGUGAGGGGGGGGGUUUUGUGUUUCUUUUCCUUGGAUACAAAAUAUUACAAAACUAUUGAUACUGUUUGUUAUCUUUGUAUGCAUUCUUCUGUUUUUUGUGUGAUUUUUUUUUAGUGGCAGCCCACAGGUACAAGAAAGUAUAUGUGUGAAAAUAUCAAAUAAGAUAACUGAAUAUAUCUGAAUUUAUAUGCCUUUCAAUGUUAUACCUGUAUCUGUAACCCCUUCUGAAAAAAUAACAAACUAAAUAGUUGGUCACAAAAGAAUUGGGCUGCCUGUCUAAACGCAGCCAUAAUGGUCUUAUCUCCCCAGGCUGGCUGAACUAUCCCCUGGAGAAGCUGGGGUUCUGGUCUAAGCUUGAGGAUCUGAUCCAGAGUGUGACUGGGGAGAAGCCCAGGUCUGAUGAUCUGAAAUGGGCCCACAAAACCAAGUAACCAUGCAGACUGGCUGCACCGCUACCUCCGAAGGAGUAAUCAGUCUCUUUCUCGCCUAACUCCAGCUGUAACCGAUAGGAGACACAAACAUAAGGAUCUGGUUUCAGAGAUGCCAUAUAGCUUUAAACCUUGCACAUUUUGUCUGGUUCUAACCGUGAAGCGUUUUGUCAAGGGCCCAGGGGUGUUUUUUAACCCACUGUGGAAAUCUGAGAGGGAAGUGCUUUUUAAAAUAACAUUUGAAAGCACUAAUACAUUGCAAUACUUUCUCAACUCCUCAUCUAGCUCUUUAUUUCUGAUCGUGUAUGUUUAACUUGACUCAACCUUUCUUGAGGUAUAACACUGAAGCCAUUGUCCCCAAAAGGGGUAGUCAAAUAUUUUUUCAUCGUCAUCCACUACAAAGACUGAUAAUGCUAAAAUAAAUACCUUUCACAGAAAACUCAAAAUAUCCCAACCAGAAAUACUUGAAGGAAACAGUUUGCUUUUCUGCAGCACUUACAGUGUAUAUAUAUAUGCACACACACACACACAGUUGAAGUCGGAAGUUUACAUACACCUUAGCCAAAUACAUUUAAACUCAGUUUCACAA